AUGGCAUCCACUCAAGCUCCAGGAUCCUCGGCUCCAUCUUCCAAUAUCAACUCACCCGUUCUACCCCCUGGAAAUGGUCCUCUUCUGAAUGGAGCAUUCUCCGACUUGAACCAAAGAUCCUCACCGGCACCUGGCAGCAAUGCCUCAGUUCAGGGAGAUGCGCGCGCAAAGCGCAAUAAACGUGACAGUCGCAAGAAACGCGAAGCAAAAGGUCUAGACACCGAAAAUGCACCUCCACCCAAGAAACGAUCAACAGCAGCAACCACAUCUCGACCAAGCUCAGAACUCAAUAUUCUCCGUCCGCUGCUCCUCGCCGAACCUCGUUCCUCGGACUUUUACCCACCACCACCCCGCCAGUUCAAUCAAGUGACGAGCAAGAAAUCCGAUAUGCUUGGCAAGGGCUGGGACUUCUAUGAGGUAGUCGAUAAGCUCACGAAUAAGAAUGGUUUUCGCUAUAGUUAUGCCAUUGCGGACGCGGGAUUCCCUCAUAUCAAAUAUCGCCAGACCGAUGUGGAACCUUAUCAUGCCCGUUUCAGCUUCGAGGAUUCUCCUGCUGCGAUCUUUUUCUCCAAUGAUGCUAGGGCAGUGACCACCAACGAUGCGUGGCAUACAGCCCGAGCGAAUGUGUGUGCCCGAGAAGGCUCAUACUACUAUGAGGCUCAAGUCAUCAGUGGUGUUGUUAAUGGUGCUCCUUCAAAUGCUGCAUCUCGUGGUCAUGUCCGACUUGGGUUUGCUCGACGCGAAGCCGACCUCGAUGCUAAUGUUGGAGUGGAUUGCUAUGGGUACGGCAUUCGAGAUGUGAACGGUGAAGUCGUCAAUCGUAUGCGCUGCGAGUUUUUCUUCCCGAAAGGUGAAGCCAUUAAUGAGGGCGAUGUCAUCGGCUUGCUUAUCAACCUUCCUCAGCUAUCACUCCACAAAAAGGUCGUUGAGGGAACAUAUGAUCCGGCUGUGGAUGGUGAUGGCUCGGAUCAUACGCAGCCUGCCUCUUCGACGAAUAUCAUUCGAGAUCGGAUCCCUUUCCACUAUAAGUCCGAUUUCUGUUGGCAACAGUCCAACGUAUUUUCCACAAAGCAUCUCCGCGACUAUGCCUUCAACCUCAAGGAGACACCGACCUUUGGCCCACCUUCUCCAUUCAACAGUGAGGAUGCAUCGCUACGCACAUUACCCGGAUCCAGCAUCACAGUCUACAAGAAUGGCGUCAAGAUGGGCACAGCCUUUAAAGAACUAUAUGCGUUCCUCUCUCCAGCUAGUCGUCUAGCAAACGGUACCAACAACCUUGGAAUCGGGGAGCGGGAAAAUGCAGACGAUGCCAUGAUCGGCUACUACCCCGCUGUCAGUUGCUAUGGUGGCGGCGCCGUUGAGUGUCGCUUCGAAGGCCCAUGGUGGGUCGGACCACCUGACCAGACUGAAGCAGGCGAGCCCAUUCACGCCAUGGGUGACCGCUUCAACGACCAAAUUGUCGAAGACAUCGUCGCCGAUAUCGUCGACGAAGUUGAGGCCAUGUUCACCUGGGGUGGUAUUGACGGCGAUGUAAUCGGCACUAACAACGAAGAUCUAGAUACAGCCACCGGUGCAGUCGGAGGCUCAGAAGUAUUGAAAGGUGGCGUCGGUGCGGCCCUGGAUGCUGCGGGCUCUGCUGCUACCCCUGGUUCUGUAGCAGGUGCUGCCGGCGCGUCCGAUUCAGCGGCUAAUAGUCACCAGCACACGCCGGCUGCUAAUGGGGAUUUCCUGGCCAAUUCUAUUGGAGAGGAUUCUAUGAGUGUCGGCACGGCUGGUACUCCUAGGAUCACGGUGGAUGCCCCUAUGGAUGGACCGGAUGAGGAUGUUGAGAUGACCUAA